AUGAUCCUUCUCUGGACGUUGGUGGUAUGGUUGCAGGGACUGGUCGUUGCUGAAACUCACUUAUAUGAAUUUAAUAUCACUACGGCGGCUGACAAGGAGGGCAAGACAUUUAUAUCCAUAAAUGGACGAACCGAUACCCUAGGUCCGACACUGCGCGUGAAAUCGGGAGAUCAAGUCAAUCUACUGGUGAACAAUGAGAUAUGCGAGCAGAACUACGCAGACGCUCUCAUGCAAGACUAUUGCUCGACAUCUAUUCAUUUUCAUGGUCUCAUACUGGGCAACGACGGGUUACUCGGGGCCUUACACGAUGGUGUUCCUGGCGUAACGCAACACAGCAUUCCUAGUCAUAUGAGCUACUGGUAUAACUUUAGCAUACCGAAAAAUGUCUGUGGUACCUACUGGUACCACUCCCACUCGUCUGUUCAGUACGGUGAUGGGCUGAGAGGAUUAUUCUUGGUUGAAUGUGAAGAAAGAGACAAGUACAUUAACCGCGUGGCUACGAGAUUGGAAGAAGUUGGAACAACAAGUGAUGCUAUAGCGGAACUACCCACUUCGGGACAAGAUUUAAAAAUACAGGAAGAAGUGAUCGCGGUGAGCGAUUGGUACUCCAAAUCUAGUAUUGAUAUACUGCGUGAAGUCAUGGCGCCCAAUGGGGAUCCCGAUCCCCGCGUAGAGGGUUCAACCACGAAUGGAGACACGGGCUCAGUUGCUUUUGUGGUUGAUGAAGAAACUCAAUACAUUGUGUUUCGAGUUGUGAAUAUGGGGAUGAGUGGAACUAACGUGCUACACAUCGAUGGCCAUCGCAUGUGUGUUAUUGAAACAGACGGGAUUCUAGCAAAGCCAUAUAUGGUUGACACCCUAGCGAUUGCUCCCGGGCAACGAUUUUCGGUCUUGUUAAAAGUCGAGAGUCGCGACCCCAUAAAAAUAAUCCAUGGAUGCAGUAAAAUGAUGGGCUACAUUACGAAGACGCACUGGAUACUCAGAUCGGGGCAGCUUCGCGGAAAUGCUUUCACUGGGAGGAUAAGAGAUUUGCCAGGGUUCGACGUAGCCGAAAGAUACCUUGACUAUGUGCCUAUUUCGGGUUCGUUACUGCCGGAACCUGCACAACAAAUCUCCCUAGAUUAUGAUUUUGCCGACGAGAUUCGUGAGCCUUUCGAGACCCCGAUGUACGUGGUGAAUGGCAACACCAUGAACGAGUACUUUUCCGAGGGUUUGCUGAUCCUAGGCGACCGUGGUCGCCGUGAUCCUAUCCUGCUCGAAGCUGAACAAGUUGUGGAAAUUGCCAUCAACUCUAUUGACCACAUGCGGCAUCCCUGGCACAUGCAUGGUCACACUUUCCAGGUGGUGUCCGUGGGACAAAAGCGGGAUGGCCCACUCCAUUUUAAUGACGCAGAUAGCCCCGCCAUGCGUCGGUACAAACAAGAUGUUGCUAACUGGGGAGAUAGGGCUCCGAUGACUCGCGAUACCAUUAACAUACCCGGCCAUUCAUACGCGGUAAUUCGAUUUGUGGCUAACAACCCGGGUUACUGGUUGCUGCAUUGCCAUGUCGAAUGGCAUAUGGCCAAGGGUUUGGGUGUGGUUUUCCAGGAGGGAGAUCUUGAGGUCAGCACCCUCUCGAUACCAGAGCCGUUUGAAAAAGGAAAAGUAAAACAAGAGCAGGAAGCAAAUACGGGACCUACUCAAACGAGCGAACCAGUAUCUUCCGGCACGGUUGCAAACACAGGACACGCAGAAUCCGAAUUGUCGGGCUAUUCUUCGGCCGAUGGUGCCAUUGAAGAAGAGUCAACAACUGCCACCAGCAAGAUCAGGGUCCUGAUCGUCUACAUAUGCAUUAUGUGCAUUGUCAACCUAUGCAUAUGGCACUAUGGCCUGCGAGAGUCUCAACGUACAUAG